CUACCUCCCCACACUCACCCUCUCCGUCGACAAAUCCUUUUCCUCACUGAAUCGACAUGGCAGGUGGUCCAUCAGCAGAUGGCGGCGGUAUUGGUGCCAAUGCCCCCAAGAACAAAUGGGCGGGCAUUCUCAUGACUGCCUUUAGUGCCUUUGGCGGUAUCUUGUUCGGAUACGAUACCGGUGUCAUCAGCGGUAUCAAGGAGAUGAACGAGUGGUUGAGGCAGUUCGGUAACCCCGAUCCUACCCACCCUUCUGGAUACAACAUCUCCUCGUCUACCGAAUCCCUCGUCGUCUCUAUCCUUUCUGCUGGUACCUUCUUCGGCGCCCUCCUCGGUGCCCCCACUGCUGAUCACCUCGGUCGUAAAUGGGGCGUUGUCGUUGCCUGCUUGGUCUUCUCCGUCGGUAUUGCCAUGCAAACCGGUGCCAAGGAUGUUCCCCUCUUCGUCGUCGGUCGUGUCUUCGCUGGUCUCGGUGUCGGCCUCGUGUCCGUCCUAAUCCCGAUGUACCAAUCUGAGUGCUCGCCCAAGUGGAUUCGAGGUGCUGUCGUCUCCACCUACCAGUGGGCCAUUACCAUCGGUCUCUUCCUUGCCGCAUGUGUCAACUAUGGCACUAAGGACUACAGCGGCGCCAAGUCUUACCACAUCCCCAUUGCCAUUCAAUUCGCCUGGGCUGCUAUCCUUGCCGGUGGAAUGGCUCUUCUGCCCGAGUCUCCUCGAUGGCUCAUCAAGCGUGGUCGCACUGAGCAUGCCGCCGCCGCCCUUUCGCGCCUCACUGGUCUUCCCGCCGAUGAUCCUGCCGUUCAGAGCGAGCUUGCUGAAAUCCAGGACAACUUGGAUGCUGAGCGUGUCAUGGAUGAGAGCACCUACCUCGACUGCUUCAAGUUCAACAACAACAAGAUCGCAUGGAGAACUUUGACUGGUAUCUUCAUCCAAGCUUGGCAACAAUUGACCGGAAUCAACUUCAUCUUCUACUACGGAACCACCUUCUUCCAGCGUGCUGGUAUCGACAAUCCCUUCUUGAUCACCAUCGCCACCAACAUUGUCAACGUCUUCAUGACUCUUCCGGGCAUGUGGGGUGUUGAGCGAUUCGGUCGUCGAUCCCUGCUCCUCUGGGGUGCUGCCGGUAUGGCCAUCUGCGAGUUCAUUGUCGCCAUCGUCGGUGUCACCGUCUCCGAUACCAACCUUGCCGGUCAGAAGGUCCUCAUCGCUUUCGUCUGCAUUUACAUUGCCUUCUUCGCCUCCACUUGGGGACCUGUCGCCUGGGUCAUUACCGGUGAAAUCUUCCCCCUCCAAGUCCGUGCCAAGGCCAUGUCUCUCUCUGUUGCCAGCAACUGGCUCUGGAACUUCGGUAUUGGUUAUGCCACUCCCUACCUCGUCAACAACGAGCCUGGCUCCGCCGGCUUGGAAGUCAAGGUGUUUUUCAUCUGGGGAUCCACUUGUGCAUGCUGCCUCAUCUUCACCUACUUCUGCGUGCCCGAGACCAAGGGACUUUCCCUCGAGCAAAUCGACCACAUGUACCAGAACGUCUACCCAUGGCAAUCGCACGUCUACCGCCGCCGACUUAUUGCUGACGGUGGUGCUGACAUUUCCUCCACACCUGAUCAAAAGGAGGAGAUCUCGGCUAAUGAGAAGGCUUGAAUCCUCUGAAAGGGCUUUGUGCAGUGCAUACCAUAUUCGACGCACACUUGACCUACUUUCGUGUACUUUACUCCUAUUUUCACAUUCUCACGCCUUUACGACAUGUAAUGGGACGCAUGUAUGAUUAUAAUUGCAUUUAUUUCACUCU